AUGGAUUGCACUCCAGCUCAGAAGGUUCGGUAUGGCACUCAUGUGCUAGCAGUCAAAGCUGAUGACUGGUGGCUGGAAAUGCACGACAAAUUGGAAGCUGCAGGCGAGGGAAUUACUUGGGAUGUGUUUCGUAGGGAAUUCCUGAGGAAGUACUAUCCUGAAGAUGUUCGAGGUAAGAAAGAGAUUAAGUUCCUUGAGCUGAAACAAGGGAAUCGGUCGGUGACAGAAUAUGCUGCGAAGUUCGUUGAGUUGGCUAAGUUCUACCCACAUUUUAAUGGAGAGGGUGCUGAAUUUUCUAAGUGCAUCAAGUUUGAGAAUGGAUUGCGCUCUGACAUCAAGAAGGUUGUUGGAUAUCAGAAGAUUCGUGUCUUCUCUGAUUUGGUUGAUAGGACUAGUGGGGGAGACGCUCCUGCUAAGAUUGUGUGUUUCAAAUGUGGACAGCCUGGUCACAGGAGCAAUGCGUGCACUACUGCUGAUGUGAAUAGGUGUUUCCGUUGUGGUAAGGCGGGACAUGUAGUUUGUGAGUGCAGGCAUAAGGAAGUUGUCUGUUUCAAUUGUGGUGAAGAAGGACAUAUCAGUACUCAGUGUCAGAAACCAAAGAAAGCGCUUGGUAGCAAGGUGUUCGCUUUGGCUGGGACCCAGACACCUAGUGAGGACCGACUUAUCAGAGGUACAUGUUUCAUUAAUAGUACGCCAUUAAUCACUAUUAUUGAUACCGGUGCUACUCAUUGUUUUAUUGUCGCUGCUUGUGUUGAAAUAUUGGGUCUGGGGUUGUCUUCUAUGAAACGGGAAAUGGUCGUCGAGGUUCCAGCUAAGAGAUCGAUGACUACUUCUCGUGUGUGUUUGAAUUGUCCCUUGUCGAUCUUCGACAGAGACUUUGUUGUUGAUUUGAUUUUUUUACCGUUAAGCGGUCUAGAUGUGAUCUUGGGUAUGAAUUGGUUAGAGUAUAACUACGUUCAUAUCGAUUGUUAUAACAAAUCCUUGAGGUUUUCUACUGCGGAAGAGGAAAAAGAUGGCUUGAUGACUGGUAAACAGCUAAGGCAAUCGAUGCAAGACGAAGCGUAG